AUGUCGUCCUCUAUUCGCGUCGCUCUUUUUCUCUGUGACACCCCGAUACCUUCAGUGGUAGCGGAGGAUGGAGACUACACUGACGUAUUCAACGCCUUGCUCGAGAAAUCACUGCCCGAGAUCUCAGCGGUGACAUUCACGCUGGACUCGUACGACGUACGCAACAAACAAGAAUACCCUCCAAACAUCGAUGACUAUCACGGCAUAAUUCUUACUGGAUCUGCGGCCUCCGCCUACGAGAAUCUGGAUUGGAUAAACAAACUCGUCUCGUUCGUCGCCUCAGUCGCUCAGGAGAAACCCCAGGUCAAGCUCAUCGGAAUAUGCUUCGGCCAUCAGAUUAUCGCCCGCGCGCUGGGCGGUGAAUGCGUACCUAACAGCGGGAACUGGGAGGUCGGCGUUACCGAGGUUUCGCUCAGCGACAUCGGAAAGCAGCUCUUCGGCGUUCCUACCCUAAAUAUCCAACAGAUGCACCGCGACCACGUCCCCGAAUUACCGCCUUCAUGUCUCCUCCUCGGAUCGACCGCCGUCGCACCAAAUCAAGGCAUGGUGCGCUUCUACGCUGGCGCGCCCGCCCGGCCGAGCGCCGUGGACGUGCAAAUAUUCACCGUGCAGGGCCACCCUGAGUUCACGCAGCGCAUCUCGGAGAAGAUUAUCAACACGCGCUCGUCCACGGGCGUCCUGAGCGCGGAGAUUGUCAAGGACGCGCAGAAGAGGGCAGAGUGGCGGAAUGAUGGCGUUAGCGUCGUGGGUAAGUUUAUCUGGGCAGUCCUUGGCGUACGCGAUGCUCGCUCCCAGAUAUAG